CCAGAUCACUCUUCGAAAAACAGGAAAAGAAAAGGGGGAAAAAGAAAGAAAAAAGCAGAAAAUUCCACACACACACACACACACACACAGUGCUUUGACAAGUAUACACGCCAUCCCACCUCUUUUAUGUACUUUCCAAGAACUUUCUCUCCCACUCUCAACCACACCGCUUUUAUAUUACAUCCCACCUCUCCCAUUUUCUUCUUCCCUUUCAUAACUUAACUCUUUUUCAGAUCGAACCCUUCACAACCGUCCGGUUACUGUAAAAAUUCUAUCUUUUUUUUUUUUGGCUGUUUUUGAUCAAACCCUUCAUAACCCUCCAGUUCAAAUACAGUAUAAAUCCCAUAUUUUUGCGGGUUAUAUAGGUUAUACUGGGUUAAACCCUAUAAAUAUUGUAGAAAAAUCGCAUCUUUUGUUCUGUGUUUAGGUCAAUAUGGAGAACAAUCAGUCAUCCUUCUGGCAAUUCAGUGACCAGCUUCGUUUGCAGAGUAACAACUUGGCUAAUCUCUCUCUGAACGAUUCGAUUUGGAGCAAUUCUUAUGUGGCUUCCAAAAGGGCUGGGGAAAGGAGGAAUUUUGAUAUCACAGUCGGCGGUGAAGUCAAUUCAGCUAAUCAAGGUAGCAACUUGAAGUCUGAUUUUAAUCUUAAUGGGUACAACAACGAUGGAUGGAAUAAACUUAGCUACAGGACUAACGUCAACGAUUACGAUACUGGGCUUGGAUCUUUUGGGGUUGUUUCUCCUGCUGCUAAGAAUGCUGUGAUGGAUAAUAAUACUGUCGGCGGUGUUAAUUUAAACGGUGGAUUCAACAAAGGAAUCUAUUCUUCCAGCCCUUCUAUGAAUUUCAAUUAUAGUAAGGGAUAUAAUAAUAAUAAUGUUGGGCUUAAUGGGAAAGGAGGGCUGUAUUUUGGGAAGGGUGGUAAAGGGAUUGUCGACUUCAAUAAUUCUGAUGAGCUUGGGAUGGUGCAUGUUGGAAAGAGUGGGAAGAAGAACAACAAGAAUCAGAAGGAGAAUACUAAGGAGAGUAAUAACAACAAUAAUGAAGGAAAAAACUCUCUGGAUAAGAGGUUCAAGACUUUGCCACCAUCUGAGGCGUUGCCCAGAAAUGAAACUAUUGGUGGAUAUAUUUUCGUCUGCAAUAAUGAUACUAUGCAAGAGAAUCUCAAAAGACAACUCUUUGGCUUGCCUCCCCGAUACCGAGAUUCAGUCCGGGCAAUCACUCCAGGAUUACCUCUGUUCCUCUACAACUAUUCCACCCACCAACUCCAUGGAGUUUUCGAGGCCGCAAGCUUUGGUGGAACUAAUAUUGACCCUUCAGCCUGGGAGGACAAAAAGAACCCUGGUGAAUCCCGAUUUCCUGCCCAGGUAUGUAUUAAUGCAGUCUCGUGUCCCACUAUUUUCAUUACAUCAUGGAUUAGCUUCCACUUAAUCUCUUAUAGUAGUGAGAUAGCAUAGGAAGGUACCGUUUUGCUUCUCAAAAGUCUCACAUAUGGGUUUGCUUCUCAAAAGUACCAUUAUGACAUGAGGAACUCGAAAUGUUUGCUUAAUCUAUUUUUUCUGAUUUGUGUUUAGGUUCGUGUGCUGACUCGGAAAAUCUGUGAGCCACUGGAGGAAGAUUCUUUUAGGCCAAUUCUCCACCAUUAUGACGGUCCAAAAUUCCGCCUCGAAUUAAAUGUUCCUGAGGUACUAUUCAUGAAAUUAUUGGCAAAACUUCCUUGUUCUGAAUGAUUCAAUAACUUGUCAACCUGGAUUAAAUUGUUUGUUCUUAUCUGUUGCAGGCCCUCUCUCUCCUGGACAUUUUUGACUCAAGUGAUGCCUAAAGUCUAACCCUGGAAAACAAACAGCCUCAUCAUCAAAUGAGAUCCUUCCUCUACCUUUAAAGUGAAGAAGAAAGAGUAGUAAAGAUCAAGGAGAGUAAUGUUAGUAAGUAUAGUUGUGCCCUACAUUAUGAAGGUGAAGCCUGGUCAAAGAAGAGAUUUGUGUAUAGAUAUAUAUACCUAUGUACUAAAGAAAGAAAAGCCUUUUGUCCUUUUGUUUUCUGUUCUCUCUGGUAUUGGUGAGAGUUUUUUCAAGAUGGUAAAAUGUCCUUUUUGUAACGUGGUAUGUUGCAGAUGUGUAAUCAAGAUUAGAUAAAGAGUAAAUAAAAUAAGAAAGCAAGAAAGAAAAGAUUAUAUUUAUAGUGCAUUUGGUGUGUUCGGUAAUAGUGGUUGAGAAUGCAAUUUAGGUCAGAUUCAGAAGCAAUCCAACUAUCCAAGUAUGGAUACUUGGACUUGAACUUGUGACUGUAGUGCUACCAACUAUAAUUUCUAUUGUACUGUUUCCUCGAGGCUAUAUGGACAAAAUUAUACAGCUGCAUUCAUAUCCAACCAGCUGAAGAAGACGUGCCAUUUGCUUGGACAUUUUACCGUUAUUAUGCUCUAUCACGAAAAAUAUGUUAAGUGUGUAUGCGUUUCAUGAUCAUUGUUAAUAUCCUCACAAGUCUCUUAUACAGGUCGUUAAGAGCUUAUGUAAAUUGCAAAUCUUACUAUACCCAAUUUACUUCACCAAACGAAGCCUUAUUAUAAUUCAUACUUCUUCAGUAAUUAUUGAGACCUUAAUAAGUACUACUAUUUAUAACAUUACUCAUACGCUACUGGGAAAAUUAGAUAUUUAUAAAUCGAAAAUGAUUUUAGUAAAUAAUUCGAUUUUUCUUCCACCCCACCAUUGGGGAUUAGCGACUGUGACAAGAUUAGUGAGAAUUUUGAUGGAUGAUGGUAAUUGGUGGUGGUGUUACUUGGCAAAGUUUGGGAUGGGAUGACCAAAUCAACGCCUAAAAAGUCCAGUUUCAUUGAUUCAACUUAAUAUUAUUUUGGUUGCGAACCAACAAAAAAGGGCAGCUGUUUCUUUACGUAACAAUAAUGGUUUGUUCCAACCUCCAAUUUGUCGAAUUGGCAUUUUUAGUGGCUUUCACACAGGGAUUGACAAUUUGACAUGCCUAUCUAAUGACUUUGAUCCACUCCCUCACUAAUCAGUCUUUUUUUUUUUUUUCUUUUUGGUGGA